AUGGAGCCUCACCAGAAGGGUUAUAUCAGAUCUGCAGACUUAACGUUCACCAAUCACGACAACAGCAAUGUCUCUGCGCCUGGCGACGAGCACAUGAAGGACAGCAACAAAGUUGACGCGCCACAAGACAACGUCACCACCACAACUAUUGCACAACAAAGCAAGCAGUCCAAUCCUGUCAAUGACCCUCGUCUUAGUCAUCCCUUCUAUACGGCACUCUCACUCUCUCGUGACGCGAAUAAAGAAACCACUACUCCUCACGUAGCUAAGCGCAGCAUCAACUACCCCGAUAUACUGGACAGCACCACCAAAGCUGUCUCUACCCCUGAUAGCGACCACGUCUUCGAUACCAUCACCACCACAUCUCUCGGCGACUUGCUCAAGGAUCCUCAUCACCUUGGUGCUAUGCUCGCGUCAACGUAUCACACCACAUCUGCCGAUGAGAUCAAGAACAUCAUCGGCUGUCUCGUGCACCUGGACGUGAUGAUCACACGUCAAACGCACCUCAACGAGCUGCAUGAAGCACAUACGGCUAAGAACUUCAGAGAGCAGAGACACCUCAACAAAGACCGCAAGCUCCGUCUAGGCGCGAUUACCAAGUCAAUCGAUCAUGAAUUCGCGGGUCUCGAUGCCCAGCGUAUGGCUCAACAGACUACCAUCAAGCAGCACGACAUCCGCGUAAAUAGCCACCAGGUCCAACUCAAGGGGCUCAACGACAAGGCUCAGAUGUUGGCACAAGCAGGAGAAUGGAUGGAAACAGCGGUUGGUGAGACACAGCAAGAGCUUACAGAUCUUCAAAGAGAGGUUGAGGGACUGAAGAUCGAGAACGUGAAUUUCAGGGAUGAGGUCAGGGGUCUCAGGGAGGUGAUUUGUGCAAUGAAGGAGAAGGAGGAAGGUUGGGAGAGAAGACUGGCUGCCUUGGAGGUCCGAUCAGGAGGCAGCAAGGAGAUACACUUGAUCGAUGUCUGUAUCAAGAAGGAGCAAGUGCUGAACUCCGCCAGCUUCGCCGUGGGUAACGCCCGCGUCUUCUCGCUAUCUCGUUGA